ACAAAAAUGACCGGAGAUGUACAGACCCGAUAGAUAUACUUCGACUGUUUGAGUGGAGAACCACACACUGUACCCGCAAAGGCGCAAAUGUCUCAACUAUCGAACCUCUAUCUCUUCGCCUACAAUUCUAUUCAGGCCCUUGGAUGGGCAAUUUCCAUAUCAAGAAUCUUGAGCAACUUCGUGUCCACCAAAUCGUUCAGUGGCGCUUACGCCUCCGCCGGAGAAUUAAUCUGUUUGUUACAAACUGUUGCAUUCGUGGAAGUUGUCCAUGGAGCAAUAGGUAUUGUCCCUAGUGGAGUGUUGCUUCCUCUAAUGCAAUGGGGAGGGCGGGUUCAUUUUCUGUUGGCAAUUGUUCGACGCAUCAAUGAGGUACAGGAGCUACCAUCAGUCUUCGUGACUUUACUCGCUUGGGGACUAAUUGAGGUCAUCAGGUAUCCACAUUAUGCCUUGAAUUGCGUGGGUAGUUCCCUAUCCUUAGUCACCUACCUUAGGUACACUGCUUUUAUUUUGUUGUAUCCAAUGGGCCUUGCUGGUGAAAUGUGGCUCAUGUACCAAGCACUUCCCUUGAUAAAGACAAAAAACCUGUAUGCAUAUUUCUUUGCUGGACUCCCAAUCACCUACUAUGAUUUUGUCAAGGUUUUGCUUGCAUGCUACCCGUUUAUGUGGCUGAAGCUUUACCUGCACUUAUUUAAGCAACGGAAGGCCAAACUGGGUAAACAGCACAAGAAAAAGAGAAACUGAAGGAUUAAAUUCUGCCGGUCUCUAAUCAAAUCUGCGGUUAGUCUGAGCAUAGCCAUUGUCCUGCUUGCAUUAAGAUCUUGCUUAUUUUUUCAAAUCUACGCCUUGAACAUAUAUCUACCACUCCGUCGUUGUUCUUGGGUGGGUACUAGCAGUUCAUAAUCCCUGGCUGGUUGUAAGAUUUUUGAGUUAGCGAAUACUAGGAAGGGAAGUAUUGGAUGAUGAAGACUGCAGAUGAUAGUUGAUUCAGCUAGUGACUCUGCCUCACUGCAGCUACAUGUAGGCAAUGGUUUUGUUUAUGUUAGACAGUGAUUUUGUUUAUGUUAUGUACCUAAUGCGCUGAUGGUCCCAUUUCAGACUUCGAA